UGGUCUUCAGAACUCAACUGGGACACUGACGGGACUCCACAGAUUUUGGACUUAAGCCUCUAAAAUUGUGUGAGACAAUUCUUUAUAAUAUAUACUUACGUGUCUAUGGAUUUGAUUUUCUGGAGAGGCACGAUUAACAACUACCCGUGAAGCUUUUUCAAGUUUGUAAUCUUGUUUUAUUAGAAGGCUAAGAAAUACUGUUCUUAAUGCUCUGGUAGAAAUAACCCUUUCGCUGAGCAUUAUCUGCUCCAACAUUGGAGCAGGACCUUAAGUCACAAACGUGCCUGGUGUCUUGUGGGGCAGUUUUAUACAGAUAAAUCUAAUCUUGUAGUAUGUGGCUGCUCUUUAAAGCCAAGCCCUUAGCCAUGUUCAUUUAGCAAAACAACUAGCGGAUGCUAACUGUGUCCUCUGACCUCUCACGCUGUCUGGACCAAAAUGGAGAUGAUGCCCCAGUAUGACCUGUCCAGAAUGCCAGAAAACACAGCCCUGAAGCAGCAAACGUUGCCUGCCCACCAGCUAGAUUUAUCUGCCUCGGUGGUCCUCUCUAUCUUUUUUGCCACAGGAGGAUUCUGCCUCUGUAUGGGCAUCAUCCUUCUACUGUCUGCAAAGAGCACCAGGGAAAUCGAGAUUAAUUACACAAAUAUAUGUGGAAAUUGUGCUCAGCUACGGGAAGAUAGCUCAAACUUUGACAAAGAGUGCACUUGCUCGGUCCCCUUUUACCUUCCAGAGAAAAUGGAGGGUGAUGUUUAUAUGUACUACAAAUUGUAUGGUUUCUAUCAGAACCUCUAUCGAUAUAUUUUAUCGAGAAGCAACAGUCAACUGGUGGGGAAGGAUAUUUGGGAUGUUAAGAACUGUUCUCCAUUCCAGUUGUCCCACAACGGCACUCCCAUCAUUCCUUGUGGUGCAGUUGCCAACAGCAUGUUCAACGAUACCAUAACUCUUUCAUACAACCUUAAUUCGUCUAUAAAUAUAGAAGUCCCAAUGCUAAAGAGUGGGCUUACAUGGUGGACAGAUAAGUAUGUCAAAUUUCGGAAUCCAAGAGCCGGUGAUCUUGCUAGUGCCUUUGCAGGAAGUGCAAAGCCUCCGCAUUGGGCCAAACCUAUCUAUGAGCUAGACACAGAUGACCCAGGAAACAAUGGCUUCAUCAAUGAGGACCUCAUUGUAUGGAUGCGGACAGCUGCCUUUCCCACUUUCAAAAAACUGUACCGCCGACUCAAUCGUGUGCACAAUUUUGUUGACGGUUUACCUGCUGGUAACUACAGUUUCAACAUAUCCUAUAAUUUUCCAGUUACUGUGUUCCAGGGAGAAAAAUCUGUUGUUCUUUCCACCCUGACGUGGAUUGGAGGAGGUGGCCUUUUCUUGGGGCUUACUUACACAGUGACAGGGGCCUUGACAUUGUUGGCCUCUUUUGCCAUCCUGGCAAUUUACUUGAUGCUGAAAAGGAAUAGAAAAUGUUUCCUGUAGGAGGGAAAUCAAGGUUUGAAAAGAAGAAUAGCAGAAGGCAGAAAUGGACAACGAAGUAAAAGAACCAAAGAUCUCUGGCAAAGCUGGAAACAUUUCUGAGCUAUCUCAACAAGGGGUUACUGGAUCGACUCAAUCAAAUAUAAUCCCAACUAUGUGGAUAAAUAAUGAGUUUCCCAGAGUGGGGUGAAGAGAAGGGGGGAAGAGGAGGAAGAAGAGGAGGCGGAAAAUAUGUGCAGUAAAAUGUUCUUGGAAUGAAGACAAUAAAUGAUUUUUGAACUC